GCAUCAUCUCUCCUUGCUUUCCUGUUGCUGCUGGACGGAGGCAUGUUCUCACCGUCCUCCCCGCCCACCGGGCUGCUAGAGAAGGUCUUCCAAUACAUCGAUCUCCAUCAGGAUGAAUUUGUACAGAGUGUGGGUUUUCUGCACAACAAGCAAGUCUCCAGUUCUCUGUGUGCCCCCCCGGUGUCCUGCGACGUGGCUCACCUCUGACACUGUCUUCCUGGAGACGCUGAAGGAGUGGGUGGCGGUCGAGAGCGACUCGGUCCAGCCCGUGCUGCGCCUCCGACGAGAGCUGCUCAGAAUGAUGGACCUGGCUGCAGACCGGCUCCGGAACCUGGGAGCCCACGUGGACUUGGUGGACGCAGGUUUUCAGCAGCUGCCCGAUGGUCAGAGCCUCCCGAUACCUCCCAUCAUCCUGGCCGAACUGGGGAAUGAUCCCAAGAAGCCCACCGUGUGCUUCUAUGGCCACUUGGACGUGCAGCCUGCCAGACGGGAGGAUGGGUGGGUCACGGACCCUCACACGCUGACGGAGGUGGACGGAAAACUGUACGGCCGAGGAACAACAGACAACAAAGGCCCUGUUUUAGCGUGGAUCCACGCUGUGAGCACAUUCAGAGCCCUGGACGAGGAUCUGCCUGUGAACGUCAAAUUUGUCAUCGAGGGGAUGGAGGAGGCUGGUUCUCUUGCCCUGGAGGAACUUGUCCAGAAAGAGAAGGCCGGGUUCUUCUCCAGCGUAGACUACAUCGUGAUUUCAGACAAUCUGUGGGUCAGCCGGAGGACGCCCGCGCUCACGUGGGGGACGCGAGGGAACAGCUACUUCAUGGUGGAGGUGAAGUGCAGAGAUCAGGAUUUCCACUCGGGGACCUUUGGUGGGAUCCUUAACGAACCCAUGGCGGAUCUGGUCGCUCUUCUUGGCAGCCUGGUGGACUCUUCUGGUCGAAUUCUGAUCCCUGGAAUCUAUGACCACGUGGCUCCUGUUACAGAGGAGGAAAAGAGAACAUACGAAGCCAUCGAUCUGGACCUUGAGGAGUACCGGAACAGCAGCCAGGUUAAGAAAUUUCUGUUUGACACCAAGGUGAAGCAGCAUCUUGACUAUAUAUUCUCCAAAAGAAAUAGCUCCAACCAGAUGACUGUAUCUAUGACGCUAGGACUACACCCGUGGGUUGCAAAUAUCAGAGAUAAUCAGUAUGUUGCGGCAAAAAGAGCCAUCAAAACAGUGUUUGGGACAGAGCCAGACAUGAUCCGGGAUGGAUCAACCAUACCCAUUGCCAGAAUAUUCCAGGACGCCAUCCAGAAGAGUGUGAUGAUGCUCCCGCUGGGCGCGGUGGAUGACGGAGAGCACUCCCAGAAGGAGAAGAUCAACAGGUGGAAUUACAUAGAGGGAUCCAAAUUAUUUGCUGCCUUUUUCCUAGAGAUGGCUAAGCUGCAUUAAUCAUGGUAGGAACCUUCCAGCCUAGGCCUGACCUACUGACAGAUCCCCUUUCACACAACCCUGGGCAGGAACAAAAUCUAACUAUUCAGAGGAAUUUGGUCCCCAAAAUAAUGUUUUCCCUUGGACAUCUGGACCAGUAAUAAAAUAUUUCCAAGGCGCGGACAUCGGACGUGGUUUUGUGUCACCGUGCACACCUUUCUAAAGCCACAGCCACCUUCAACAACCUGACUUCCCUGAGUCCUGCUGCGGCUGCCCCAGGCCUGGACCCACGGUACCCUUCAGGAUGAGGACAAGUCUCUGAUGAGAUUCUCCGCUUGCAAUUUGAUUGGUGUAAUCACUGCAGUUUGCGUUCUAGGCCUCUAAGUGCUUGACACACAGUCAUCCCAUCCGGUAACUGUCCAUCCUACAUCACCCCUGCUUUUACCACUUGUGCCCUUUAUCUUAUUGACAAACAUGUUGGUCUCCCGCGCUGCCUACUGUAAUUUCCGUGUGGGCUCAUUUUUAGAGGCGUUACUAAAGCAUGAUACCGCAUUAACCUCUUCCCCUUCAUUUAUUUUUCCUGCUUCUUCAAAAGUGCUGAAAUGGAAAUGAUCAAUAUUCAUAUGCUUACGCCAUCUGGGAUUCCUUGUGCGAAAAUGAGUACUUUCUAAGUUCCAAGCCUCUUUACCUUUGCUGCAAUUGAUGCCAGCCGACUGCCCCUCCUGCAGCCUCUUCUUUCUUCCUGCCCCGUCAGUGAAGGCCUCCUUGCUCUCUUCAACAUCUGCGCACCUGUCAAUGCGCCACAGCAGAAUUAAUCCUGAUAGAAUUUCUCUCACCCUGCGGGAACUGUACUCAGUGACUACAUCUAAUAAAUUGCUCAAAGCUUUUAAUAGCAUUGGUUUUAGAUAGAGAGCUAAUCAACCCUGACAUCAGUAACACAUUCUAAAUUUAAAGCCGUCAGCUAAUGCUGGGUUCAUUAAUCAUUUUAGUUAACCAUCUUGUUUGGCUUGAUUGGAUUUGACAGUGUAAACAAACAAAAAAUGCAAUUUUUCUACAGUUGAGUAUAUUUAAACAAACAGAUUUAAUCUCUAUAAAUUAUUUAAAUCACAUUAAUGGAGAAGAAUUUAAAGGUUUGUUAAAAAUGUUUCUCAUGAUUCUAAAUAAAAAACAAGCAUAACACAUUCCAUUGCUUCAUGGGUUCUUGAAAUGUCAGUUUUAAAACUUGCUGCACCUCAUCUAAAAUGGCUGGACCAGAGGGCCAGUAAUUCGGCUUGUCCUGAACUGCGUCACAGAAAUGGGACCCAGCCGAGGCUUUAGCCACUUUUCCUCUGAUGCUGGAGAACAUUUAAAUGCUGUCUGUUGAGUAUGGGCAGGAAUUUGAUAUUUUUUUGCUAUUAAGCUUGGUUUGUGCUUGCCAGAUUACAUAGAACCUUUUGACAUUUUGGAUUUUGUGGGACCUAACUGGUGUAUUUGGCAGACUUCUCAAGAACUAAAUACACAAGAAGUUUAUGAUCCCCAUUUAUAUUUUUAAAAGGGUGUUCAUAUUAAUCAAUUAACAAGGCUGGUUAAAAUGUAUUGUAACCACUUCUGAGCAAUGUAACAUCAGUUUGUUUUACCAAGCAUCUAAAUUAUAAGAUUACUCAUUCACUGAUCUACGUUCCUGCUGAAUCUCUGAGACUUGCAACGUCUGGUUAAUUAUUCAGCUACCACCAGGCAAGAAAGGCAGGACAAAGGCUGAGGUCACUGAGUCUAGGAGAUCCCAGCCUUGCAAUGUCUGGGUGCAGAGCCAUAGUUUUCUGCCUCUAGGGGUCAGGAUGAGUGUCCCCAGCUCUCCCAGGUCCAUCUGGGUUUUCUACCUGGCUCCAAGCCAGGUGCCUACCUGGGUUCUGCUGUGAUCUGGAGUCAGAAGGGAAGUAUUUUCAGGGCAGUUACACACGUACGGGUGAUAGAAAUCUACCCGCUUACUGGCCAGGAGGCCAGGUAAAAUUUUUAAAUAUUCUCUAUCUCCAAUCUCUGUCUUCCAUUUCCAACUCAUCUCUGUACUUCAGGGGUCCAGUGAAGUGCGCUGCACACAGUAGGUGCUCAAUAUUGCACGCUAAAAUCCUCCUCUUGGUUCCGCAGCUGCAUUUUUGGGCUUUCCCUGGCCUGGACUUCUAUCUUUAUGCUCUUUGCCUCACAUCGUUCCUAGCUGAAACCGUCUUGGGAGCAGCUAGCACUGGGAAAAAGCACAUGAAACAAGUCAUGCUGAGGUGCCAUCGACUGAUAACAGCGCCCGUGUAUCCGCCCAGGCAGCACUUGUCUGCGCAGGGUCCACAAGCCAGCAGCCGUGAGCCCCAUACCGCUGCCUUCAGUGCGUUUCACGUGGCCUUCACGUUGUUCUAAGCACUUCUGAAUUGGAUGCCAGCAUCUCAAAAUCAGCAGACCUCACCCAAAUGAUUUCUCUUGAGCGGUCAGAAGACUGGGUAAUACCAUCUGCGGUUCGUGCAGGGUGACAGCCCGCUGAGCUGAGAGGCUGUGCUGAGCACAGUGCCUGGCCCAUAAUAUGUGCUCAGUAAGUUUCUUAGACGCAGAGUAAGAAGGAAGCUCACGAAUAAUACAGUUGUAUUUGGCUUCUCACUUCUGAUAAGUAACUCUCACUUAAAAAAAACAAGCCCCGGACUUCCCUGGUGGCGCAGUGGUUGAGAGCCCGCCUGCCGAUGCAGGGGACACGGGUUUGUGCCCCGGUCCGGGAAGAUCCCACAUGCCGCGGAGCGGCUGGGCCCGUGAGCCACGGCAGCUGAGCCUGCGCGUCCGGAGCCUGUGCUCCGCGACGGGAGGGGCCACAACAGUGAGAGGCCCGCGUACCACAAAAAAAAUAAAAAACAACCAAAAAAAACACAACAAGCCCCCAAACAAAUACCAUUUUAUGAUAGGUCCAAAUGAUUUUUAAAUACUAUACUAUUUUAAAUAUCUAGUGUUAUAUGUAUUCAAUGCCAUCUAGCUAUUAUUUUUAAAUUUUAUGUUUCAAUU